AUGAUUGUGACCAUCGUCAAAAAUUUCAAGGAGAUUCGUUGCAUGAAAGACCGAAGGAAACUGCUUGACGAGGUAAACGAUUACCUUCAAGCUACACAAGCCAUUUCGGGAAGAAACCUUGAAGGUCAUGACGAGUUCAUGCAGAAGUUCUGCAAGAGAUUCAUUGACCGCCUUAAAGGCGAAAACAUAGCGACAUUCAUCGUGCUGGCUGCAUGGUUCUUUGCUGCCAUCGGUGGAUUCGUCUUUGCAUGCUGCAAGGGGAACUGCGCAGCCAUCCUCAGUAUCAUGGUACUAAUCGCAGCGGGAGUGCCUUAUAUCAAGGAUACUCUCGGUAAAUUCCUCGGCUCAUAG